GUCAGCUGUCAUGAGCACGCUUCACGUGUUUACAUUUUCUUCGUGAGAAUUCCUGCGAUUUUCUCCCCGAAAAAUGUCCCUAACAGACGUGAAUGAGGUGAAAAUCUAUAAUUUGAGUGCUGGAAAAUCCCUCCCAGAUUGGCUGACUGACCAGAAGAAGAAGAAAUUACUGAACAAAAAUGGGGAUUUGCGGAGGAAGAUCGAUCUUAUUCAGGACUUUGACAUGCCUGGAGUGUCCACGAGUAUUCAGGUGACGCCGGACAAUCAGUUCGUCAUCGCCACGGGAACGUACAAGCCACGGAUUAAGUGUUAUGACUUCAAUAACCUCUCAGUGAAGUUUGAGCGGUGCUUCGAUUCCGAGGUGGUCACCUUUGAGAUCCUCAGUGAGGACUACAGCAAGAUUGUGUUCCUGCAGUGCGACAGGCACAUCGAGUUCCACACAGCUCCGGGAAGACACUACAGAUUGCGAAUACCCAAGUUUGGAAGGGAUCUUGCCUACCACACGCCUUCUUGUGACCUCUUCUUGGCGGCUUCCUCUCCGGAGAUUUAUCGCUUCAAUCUCGAGCGCGGGCAGUUUUCGCAGUCGUUCGAGACACAAUCUCCGAUCAAUAAUGUCUGCGAAGUCAAUCCGGAACACCAUUUGCUGUGCAUCGGGACGGAGAAGGGAACUGUCGAGGCGUGGGAUCCACGGCAAAAGUCCCGCUGCGCCUCUGUGCAGGUGACAAUGGAGAAUACAGGAUUGGAUGGCACUCACAUACCCUCGAUAACUGCCCUCAAGUUCAAGAAUGGGCUGCAAUUUGGCGCCGGAACAAGUGAUGGACAGAUUUUUCUGUAUGAUCUGCGAUCAAAUCGUCCCUUUACCACAAAAGAUCACAUGAACAACCUUCCUAUUAAGAGGAUCAACUUCAAUCCCAAUCAGUCCAUCGUUUACUCGAUGGACAGUGGAGUUCUGAAGAUGUGGGAUGAGAAUACAGGAAAGCAGCUGACAUUCAUUGAAUCCUCGUCGGAAUUUAAUGAUUUCUGUACAAUCGCCAACACGGGAAUGCUGUUCUUCGCGCAGGAGGACAAGCGGAUGCAGACAUUCUACGUGCCUCAGUUGGGACCGGCGCCCAAAUGGUGUUCCUUCCUAGACAAUCUCACUGAGGAACUGGACACGGAGUUAGUGCAGAACAUCUACGAUGAUUACAAGUUCGUGACGAAGCAGGAGUUGGCGGAACUCAAUCUGGAGGACCUCAAAGGCACUAAUUUGCUGAGAGCUUACAUGCAUGGCUACUUUGUGGACAUUCGAUUGUAUAGAAAGGCGCGCUCGGCGGUGGAUUAUUACUCCUUCGAUCGGUAUAAGAAGCAAAAGGCGCGUCAGCAGAUCGAGAUGGCGCGACCGAGUCGUGUGGAGAUUAAGACAAAUCUGCCUAAAGUCAACAAGGAUCUGGCAGAGAAAUUGAUAGACACGGAAAAUCAAUCUCUGAUGCAAGAUCAGAGAUUUUCGGCUCUCUUCGCGGAUCCUGACUUCACAAUUGACGAGGGCGCUGAGGAGUUUAAGAUGCUGAAGCCUGUCUUGGCGCAUCUGAAGAAGUUGAAACCCGCCAAAACGGUCAUUCCAAAAGUCACGCCAACGGUCCUUCAGGAAGACGACAAUGCUGUGCAUGAGAGCACGGAUGAGGAUCUCUUUUCUGAGCAGGAGGACGCAGAUGAGAGCUCUGAUGACGAUCAGCGGUGGACGAAGGACGUGAAGAAGCAGUACAAGGCCAUUCAAAGGGAGAAGCGACGCGAAGAAGCGGUUCAGGAGCAGGAUUCUAUUAAGGUCCGCGAAGAGGAUGAUCUGAAUGUGGGCUGGGAUGUGAAGAAGAGCAGCAAGAGGAGGCAAAUGACGCUGGGUGAUCGGGUGGCUAAGCAAGAGAGUGCAGCGAAUGCAUUCAAAGUCGAAGAAACUUCGACUGGCCGGCAGAUGAAGUUCAUCGUGGGAUCCGGAAGCAAGGGCAUGAGAGUGCGUGCAAAUCAGAUAAGACAGCAUCGCGAGGAGAGGAAGAAACUCGUCCGGAAGCCGCGAGGAUUGAAACUGAAGCGACUGCCGUUUAAAUAAAGAAUUUACAAAUUUCAA